ACGGACCAUUGACAAUACAGGCGGAGUCUGCGGGAUACCCGCUCUACUAUGUCUCCAUCGGCCUGGGUGUGGUUUUCAAACUCAGUUCCGUUAGCAGGAAAUCAAGCUCUGGGCUAGCGUUACCACUUCGGCGUGAAACAAAGCAUAGCAAAACUCGUAAUUUUGGACUAGAUCGUUCUGGGGAGGGUUUAAGUUCCCACUUUUGGGUGGUGAUAGCCAACGUUUUACGUUUCUAGUCAUCCGAUGGGAAAAAGUUUCUAUUUUUGUUGAUUCCAUUGUAUCAUUUUAGUUGCUGACAUCAGUGAGCAGAAUCAGAAAAGACUGACAAAAUGCCGAAGACGAUCAGCGUGCGUGUGACCACAAUGGAUGCGGAACUGGAGUUCGCCAUCCAGCCAAACACCACAGGCAAACAGCUCUUUGAUCAGGUGGUGAAGACAAUUGGUCUGCGAGAGGUGUGGUUUUUCGGGCUGCAGUAUCAGGACACCAAGGGCUUUUCAACCUGGCUGAAGCUCAACAAGAAGGUCACGGCCCAGGACGUGAGGAAGGAGAGCCCGCUGCUGUUCAAAUUUCGGGCAAAGUUCUACCCCGAGGAUGUCUCUGAAGAGCUUAUCCAAGAGGCCACCCAAAGACUCUUCUUUUUGCAGGUCAAAGAGGCCAUCCUGAACGAUGACAUCUACUGCCCACCAGAAACAGCUGUUCUGCUGGCCUCGUACGCUGUGCAGGCCAAAUACGCCGACUACAACAAAGAUUCCCACAACCCAGGAUAUCUGUCUGGCGACAAACUGCUCCCACAGAGGGUGCUGGAGCAGCACAAGCUGAACAAGGAACAGUGGGAGGAGAGGAUUCAGGUCUGGCAUGAAGAACACAAGGGCAUGCUCAGAGAGGACGCCAUGAUGGAGUAUCUGAAGAUCGCCCAGGAUCUGGAGAUGUACGGCGUUAACUACUUCAACAUCAAGAACAAGAAGGGCUCGGAGCUGUGGCUGGGAGUGGACGCCCUCGGUCUGAACAUCUACGAGCAGAACGACAAGAUGACGCCCAAAAUCGGAUUCCCAUGGAGUGAGAUCAGGAACAUUUCCUUCAACGACAAGAAGUUUGUCAUCAAACCCAUUGACAAGAAAGCGCCGGACUUUGUUUUUUAUGCGCCACGUCUGCGUAUCAACAAGCGCAUCCUGGCUCUGUGUAUGGGCAACCAUGAGCUGUACAUGCGCAGACGCAAACCCGACACCAUCGAGGUGCAGCAGAUGAAGGCCCAGGCAAGAGAGGAGAAGAAUCACAAGAAGAUGGAAAGGGCAUUACUGGAGAAUGAGAAGAAGAAGAGAGAGCAGGCGGAGAAGGAAAAGGAGAAGAUUGAAAAGGAGAAGGAGGAGCUGAUGGAGAAACUGAAACAGAUUGAAGAGCAGACGAAGAAAGCUCAGCAAGAGCUGGAGGAGCAGACCAGGCGGGCGCUGGAGCUUGAGCAGGAGCGUAAGCGGGCCCAGGAGGAGGCCGAGCGUCUGGAGAAGGACAAGCGGGCGGCCGAGGAGGCCAGGACAACGCUGCUGCAGCAGGCUGAGAACCAGAUGAAGAACCAGGAGCACCUGGCCACUGAGCUGGCAGAGCUCACCUCUAAGAUCUCUUUGCUGGAGGACGCUAAGAAGAAGAAGGAGGAUGAGGCCUCAGAAUGGCAACAGAAGGCCACCACGGUACAGGAGGACCUGGAGAAGACCAAAGAGGAGCUGAGGAACAAGGUGAUGACGGCCCACAUGCCAGAGGCCGUGCAGGCUGAGAAUGAGCACGACGAGAACGACGAGGAGAACGCCGAGGCCAGUGCCGAGCUGACCAACGCCGCCAGCUACCAUGACCGCAGCGAGGAGGAUCGCAUGACCGAGGCUGAGAAGAACGAGAGAGUGCAGAAGCACCUCCUGGCACUGAGCUCAGAGUUGGCCAAUGCCCGUGAUGAAACCAAGAAGACACAGAACGACAUCCUCCACGCAGAGAACGUCAGAGCAGGACGUGACAAGUACAAGACCCUGAGGCAGAUCCGCUCCGGCAACACCAAGCAGCGCAUCGACGAGUUUGAGUGCAUGUGAUCGCCUCCCGGGGACUCCAGGGGGCGCACUUGCCUAUUUACUCACCCUGACCCACACACCUGCGGACUGCAACUUUACCCUCAACUCAGCUCCCUUUACGUUUAGGACUGCAUUUUAAAUCACAACACAUACAAACAUCCUGCAAAGAAAGAAAAAGAGAGAUGAUCUGUGAAUUCAGAAGAAGUGAAUGUGAUUUGAUUUUUUAAAAAAAAAAGAAUAUUCAACACUGCUUUUAAGAUAAGGGAGACAACCUAGCUUGCUAUUUUUUUGCCAUUAUGUUACAUUCUAGCAAACGGUUCGGAAGUGAGGUGUGGGGAAGGGAAAAGGAUUGCUUGUGAGCUUGGAUUCCGCUGCAAGAGGGAUGAAAUCCAAAUCUGAUUUUUUUAUUCCUGCUCUCUUCAGUUGAUUUGCAUGAGGCGUACAUUCCAUUAACAGGGCUCGGAAUAUGCUACCAGAUGGGACACUUGAAAAAAAAACAGUGUCAUGAAUAUAAGUGCCAACUUUCAUUCAAAUGCCAAAAAAAAAACCUCUAGACGUGUGAUUGAUCGCUGAAUAUGCACAGGUGUGUCACUUGAGCAGAGAACCUUUUUUCUGACCGACUUGGUCUGUAGAUUUGCACACAGACCUUGAAAUAAAAGGGCAAUAAAGCACGCUACUGAACAUCUUACACCACUCCGGUUAUUGCUGUGUCAUCCUCUGCAAGCAGGUCAGUGUGUUUCUGAAAAGAACUCCUAUUAAGGAAAACAAAGCAAUCAUCAAACUGUAUUUUGAUUCAUUUUUUUUCUAGUUGUAAUGUAUUUUGAAGCUUUCAAAGAUGAAGAACCAUUUUGUGUGGUAAUAUACUAUUUUUGAAAGCCCCUGCAGUAUUAUUAUGUGAGAUCCAACUGAAUUUUUUUUUCAACAACGGAUCUGCAACAUUCUCUACCGAUAGUUUGUGGUCGAUAUUUUCUCAUAACACAUAUUUGCUGAGGCACAUAGCCGGGCUUAGUAGGGAUUAAAGUACCAUAGUAGGAGUUUUUUAUGUUGCAAGAUAUCCUUGGUGUGUGGCCUUUAGCCACAUCUGAUUAUGAAUUAGAUUUCUUUUCAAGGCCUGUUCAAACUUAUUUCAAUCUUAUUGGACUACGAAAUGAACUGUCAUGGCAAUGUUUCAGGUGGAUAUCUCUUGACUGUAAGAUCAUAUUUGCUCCUUUUGAAAACCAAGAUGUAUGGAUGCAGACUUUCUGAGUUCAUCACCAGACAGUGCCUUGUCCUCAGAAAAGCAUAAGUGGUGGUUGCUUGAUAAGUCUUUAUUUCAACUGUCAAUAAAAAAUUCAAUUUAAAAUUU